AUGACAGAGUUGCAUCAGGCAGCAGCUUCUGGAGAUUAUGAUCUAGUGGAAGAAAUUGUGGGGAAAAAAUCGUGUGACCCUAAUCAGAAAGACUUAGACUGGAACAAGAAGACCCCGUUGCACUGGGCAGCAUCCAAAGGCCAAACAGAGAUGGUUCGGAUAUUAAUUGAAAAUGGAGCCAGGGCUUGUUUGAGGACGGAUAAUGGAUGGACACCCGCACAUUUUGCAGCAGAGUCUGGAAAACUAGCAGUACUUCGACUCCUUCAUUCCCUACAUGCACCUGUAGACAAGGAGGAUUCCUCCGGCGAUAAACCUGUCAGGAUUGCUGAAAUCUAUGGACAUGAAGAUUGUGUUCUUUUUCUUAAAAAGGCAGAGGUUGAGAGCAGAAACUACCGGCAAAUGGCAAAGUUAAAUGGGCUGCCCUUAGACGAUACUGAUGAAGAAUGGGAACAGGAGAAAAAAGAAGCCAAUAAACAAGUCCUUAAAAAGUAG